AUGUAUGGUGGCAAGAGAUCAGCUUGUGACCGAUGUCGAGACCAGAAACUGCGCUGCCGUCGCGAAAAUGGCGUCGCAUGUGUUCGAUGCGUUCGUGCCGGAGCGACUUGCAUCACAAGCAAUGCGAAGCCAACGGGACGACCGUUACGAAAGCCCCUCUACGAUCAUAUAGAGCACUCUCACUUAUGGAUGCCUACGCCACAGAAGACUCUUGAUAAUCGGUAUCCAGGGAUGGCGCCAGAUGCCAACCGGCAGAAUGUAUUCCUUUCAGCAACAUCGCCGAAGAUAGACAUGCCGCAAACCGGACUAGAUUCUGCAAUGCAAAUUCAGCCUCAGUCCUGGGAUUCAAUGAUGCCAGACAUGCCGACGGACAGCUUCUCUACGACGAUGGACGAUUUGUUCUCCUUCAUAGGUCCACCGUCAUGUGGAUCAAAUGUCGACGAUCUACUACAGGGCUUUCUCGACCAGUCCACGGCUUCAUGUACCCCUGAAAGUUAUCCUCUGACACCGCGAGACUCAACUCAGCAAAGUCCUGGGGAAGAGAAGAGUGUCCCGAGUUCAGAGUCUGCAUACCACAAAGAUCCACUGCUCGCAUUGUCUAAGUUGAAUCAUUUCCUCAUCGAGUGCCAUUUCAUUCUACAGAACCAGUCUUGCCCGCCGCCGUGGCGAGUAUCAAUGGCCGAUCCAAACCUAGCAAGAGAAUCAAAACUCGAUAAAAACCCAGUCGGUACGCUGUUGCGAAGUACUGCCGAAUUUAUUGACAUUGUCAUAACAUGGACAAAGACUAUGUCUGACCAAGCGACAGACUGCGAGAAAAGAAAAGACAGCUUGAACUUUUAUCAUUUUCAACCCGCAACAUACACGCUCAACAAGCCUACUAUUUUGAUGAUGAUAACGACUUAUAUAUUGUUCGUUCGCAUGUUCGACGUGCUAUACUCCCGUCUGAUCGUCGCUCUUCAAGAAUUUCCGAACGAAGUUGCAAAAGUCAGUUUUGAGCCUGGUUUCCAACUUGCCGGCUUUUCUCUGCCACAAGGACUGUUGUAUUUGAAAAUCAGCGUACAAGCCUUUGAACAUCAGCUCGAACGCAUCGAGAGCUCGUUGGGCUUGCCGGCGGAAUAUAGAGUUUUCCAUUCGGAAAGGCAACAUGAUUCGUCUGGUGUUUUUGAUAAUGCGAAAUAUCAGUCUUUACUGAAAGCAGUCAUGAUGGAGAAACUUGAAGAUGAUGAUGAAGAUGAUGAAAAUUCAGAGCAAGACAGUCAGGGCGACGUCUUUCGGCUACGAAAGAAAGUGACCAAAAUGAAGGAACUUUUGCAGAGAUUGUGA